AUGGGUACGUUGACACCAUUUCAACGCUCCAAGUCUCCAGAAUCCGAAAAGAGGGAAAACCCCAGAUCAAAAUGGAGUCCCUUGAAGCUUGAUGACUGGAAUGGAAGUAACCCGACGAGGGAAGGUCAAGAAAUAGAUAAGCUUUGCUCUAUGCCACACCGAGAGGCUCGGAAAGUGGAGAACAAGGAAUCGAUAUGCAUAUCCUGGAAUAGAGAUUUCAAAGAGGUUGAAGAUCCUUACCCGAACGCCGCCAAAUCAGAUUUAAGGGGAAUCGCAACUCCAGCACGACAAUUCAUUGCACCGACAGUGGAAAGAUAUCAUAUCAGAUAUCCAAAGGAGAUCACAGGGGGUCACAGCCGAGCGAUGUUCAUUCGUACUGCAGCAUCGUCGAAUGCUAAGCCAGCGUACGGUGUUUUAAGCCAUAAUGAUGUCCCGAGGAGGACGAAUGGGCGCGAGCAGUACAUCCCCGACGAGGAAAAGGCAUUGGUGCACCAGAAAGAGACUCCGCUUCUAAUCAUAUACUAA